GCAGACGGCUCUGGGUUGCACUGCCUCAGUUGGAGGCGCCUCUUCCAGGUGGGCAAACUACGAGUAUGUGCCCUAUGUGCCCUAUCCUCCCACUUGGCUGCUGGGGCUGCUCCGCCACGAAGGCUUGCCAGAAGCAAAGAAACCAGCAGCAGAAGCCGCUGGAGCAGCACUCACAGCAGCAGUUGAAGAACAACCAGCCGGACAUCCAGAUGAACGUGCUAUCCCCGCGGCUAGGCGCCUCCUACGAGGUGGCCACCAGCCAGACAUCUCUACCCAGCAUGAGUCCCAGCUUGGUGGCGCUGCCCCACCGGAUAGUCACGGCGAGCACCUUGAGCUCCUGGGCCGGCGAGGAGGAGCUGUACGACAUGGAGGACUACGGGGACCGCACGCCUUCUCGCUGGACCGCCUGGUGGCUCAAAAGGGCCUCCAACGAGGAUCACUUAUCCAUCGUAUCGCAGCAGUAAUACAUUGGCUUAAUCGAUCCACGACGUGAAUGUACAACUAAACUACCACAUACACUUGCAAA